AUGAGGAUAGUAAGUGAUCGAAAAUCGGAUGGACGAGUUUAUAACACUCCAACAUCUUCUGAGGUUGCUGCUAUUAUUCCAGGAGAUUUCAAUAUGCAGAUGGAAACAAAUCGCGAUAUUAUUCUUCAAGAAAGAAAUUCUGGAAAACUCAAGCGUAUAAGCGAGAUUCAUCCUAGCUAUAUUCCAAUGAAAUAUCCAAUACCUUUUGCACAUGGAGAAGAUGGUUUUAGGCUUGGAAUCAAGAAAGCUGAUUCUGAAGCGUCAAAGAAGACCAAAAAAGAGAACAUCAGUAUGAGGCAAUUUCAUGCAUAUCGUCUAAUGCAAAGAGACAACGAGUCAAAUCAUCUUCUUCAUUGUAGAAGAUUGUUUCAGCAGUAUCUUGUGGAUAUCUACACAAUGAUUGAGUCAAACAGAUUAUCUUACUUGAAAAUGAAUCAGACGAGUUUAAGAUCCGACUCCUACGACUCUAUCAAGCAGUCUGAAGAUAAAGGAGUUGUUGACAUGGACGAAGUAGGUAAUAAGUUCUACCUACCAGCGACUUUCACAGGAGGACCGCGCUAUAUGAGGGAGUUGUAUUUCGAUGCAAUGGCCAUAUGCAGACAUUUUGGAUUUCCAGAUCUUUUCAUUACAUUUACAUGCAAUCCUAAGUGGCCAGAACUCACAAGGGAGCUUGAGGGAACUUCUCUUGGUCCAACUGAUAGACCAGAACUUAUUGCAAGGAUUUACGAAGCCAAACUUACGAGCUUGAUGAGCGACCUAAUUGACAAUAAACUCCUUGGGUAA